AUGGCACUGCCUGCGUGUGCAGCCCGGGCGCUCGGGCCGCCGUUGCAACCGGAGCGAGAAGCGCCCGCCCGCACCACCUGUCCCCGCCGGCAUUCCAGAGUAGAGGCCGAAUUGGCAGCAAGCCGGCCCGGAUCAGUCGCCGCCUCAGUCCGCGCGGGCCCUCCUAGGGGUGUGUCUCGCGGAUUCAACUCCCAGCCGCUCCCGGACGAGCCCCUAAAGGCUUCUUCCUCUCUGGCGGGAGACGCGCGCGCCCCUCUCUUCGCGCAGCUGGCCCGAGGCCGCCGCAGGCGGAUGCACGACCUCAGGAGACGCUGGGACCUGGGCUCCCUCUGCCGGGCCCUGCUCACCCGGGGCCUGGCCGCCCUGGGCCACUCGCUGAAGCACGUGCUCGGCGCGAUCUUCUCCAAGAUUUUCGGUCCCCUGGCCAGCGUCGGGAACAUGGAUGAGAAAUCCAACAAGCUGCUGCUGGCUUUGGUGAUGCUCUUCCUUUUUGCCGUGAUCGUCCUCCAAUACGUGUGCCCCGGCACAGAAUGCCAGCUCCUCCGCCUCCAGGCGUUCAGCUCCCCGAUGCCGGACCCGUACCGCUCGGAGGAUGAGAGCUCCGCCAGGUUCGUGCCCCGUUACAAUUUCAGCCGCGGCGACCUCCUGCGCAAGGUAGACUUCGACAUCAAGGGUGAUGACCUGAUCGUGUUCCUGCACAUCCAGAAGACCGGAGGCACCACUUUCGGCCGCCACCUGGUGCGCAACAUCCAGCUGGAGCAACCGUGCGAAUGCCGCGUGGGUCAGAAGAAAUGCACUUGCCACCGGCCGGGUAAGCGGGAGACCUGGCUCUUCUCCAGGUUCUCCACGGGUUGGAGCUGCGGACUGCAUGCCGACUGGACCGAGCUCACCAGCUGCGUGCCCGCCGUGGUAGACGGCAAGCGCGAAGCCAGGCUGAGACCGUCCAGGUGGAGGAUUUUUCAGAUUCUAGAUGCAGCAAGUAAGGAUAGAUGGGGUUCUCCAAACACUAAUCCAGGCGCCAACUCUCCGUCAUCCACAAAGGCCCGGAACACAUCUAAGAAUGGGAAGAACUUCCACUACAUCACCAUCCUCCGCGACCCAGUGUCCCGGUACCUGAGUGAGUGGAGGCAUGUCCAGAGAGGGGCGACAUGGAAAGCGUCCCUGCAUGUCUGCGAUGGAAGGCCCCCAACCUCCGAAGAGCUGCCCAGCUGCUACACUGGAGAUGACUGGUCUGGCUGCCCCCUGAAAGAGUUCAUGGACUGUCCCUAUAACCUAGCGAACAACCGCCAGGUGCGCAUGCUUUCUGACCUGACCCUCGUCGGCUGCUACAACCUGUCGGUCAUGCCCGAAAAGCAGAGGAACAAGGUCCUCCUGGAAAGCGCCAAAUCGAAUCUGAAGCACAUGGCGUUCUUCGGCCUCACCGAGUUUCAGCGGAAGACCCAGUAUCUGUUUGAGAAAACCUUCAACAUGAACUUUAUUUCGCCGUUUACCCAAUAUAACACCACUAGGGCCUCUAGCGUAGAGAUCAAUGAGGAAAUCCAAAAGCGUAUUGAGGGACUGAAUUUUCUGGAUAUGGAAUUGUACAGCUAUGCAAAAGAUCUCUUUUUGCAAAGGUAUCAGUUUAUGAGGCAGAAAGAGCAUCAGGAAGCUAGGCGGAAGCGUCAGGAACAACGCAAAUUUCUGAAGGGAAGGUUCCUUCAGACCCAUUUCCAGAGCCAGAGUCAGGGCCAGAGCCAGAAUCCGAGUCAGAAUCCGAGUCCGACCCCAAACCUAAAUGCCAAUCAGAAUGUGACUCAGAAUCUGAUUCCGAAUCUGAUUCAGAACCUGACUCAGAGCUCGGGUCAGAAUCCGAGCCCGAAGGAGAACCGGGAAAGCCAGAAGCAGAACCCUGGCCAAGAGCAGAGCGAUGGCAACACCAGCAAUGGCACCCAUGACUACAUAGGCAGUGUAGAGAAAUGGCGCUAAAUGGCUCCCAAAGCACACUUCUCCCAAAGCGCCAGUCAAAAUAGGGCAAGUCUUCAAACAUGAGAGUGUCCAAACACAUCCUGCUUCCUUAAGUUUGGAAGUUAAAAAAGUUAAGAUGUUGCCUUUACAGUUGCCUUUCAAUUCAGUGUUCUACUGUGCGUGGGUAAAACAAAUUUCAAUAUGUAAUUAAAUUGUCUUUUUUUGGGGGGGGAGUCAUGGGGAAUUUAUAAAAUCCAAAAGGCAAACCAGACUCAUCAGAAAUUGCUGUUUAGAUAUUUUCAGAAGUUCUUAAAUUAGUCAUAGAGACAAAAUGAAAACAUAAAAUGUGGCCGUUUAACUUAUAGCUAAGAAAUGGACUUUACAUUAUUCAUGAUACACUGUUGAAACCCAGUCUUGGAAGCAAACAUUUUUUUCCAGGAGUAAUCAUGAAUAUAACACAAAAGAAACUAAAAUUAAACACGAA